GGUCUUUCUGGGAGCGCGGUGGGGCUGCAAGAGGCUAAGGGGGAAGGAAAAUUGUAAUAAUAAGGGCUAGUCUUGCGGUUUCUCUGACGCUCCCGCUCCUUGCAGUCAGGUGCCCACCAUGCCAUUCUCAAACAGCCACAACCUCAUGAAGAUGAAAAACUCCGCGGAGGACGAGUAUCCGGACCUGAGCGCCCACAACAAUCACAUGGCUAAAGUCCUGACCUUGGACCUCUACCGCAAGUUGAGGGGCAAACAGACUUCUAGCGGAUUUACCGUGGAUGACGCUAUUCAGACUGGGGUGGACAACCCAGGAAUGGCCCCAUUUAAUAACCAGAAACUGCCUCCUGAUGAGGAAUACCCGGACCUGAGCGCCCACAACAAUCACAUGGCUAAGGUCUUGACCCCGGAGUUGUACCAGAAGCUGAGAGACAGACAGACCCCCAGUGGAGUCACCUUGGAUGAUUGCAUUCAGACGGGGGUUGAUAAUCCUGGCCAUCCCUACAUUAUGACCGUUGGGUGUGUGGCUGGCGACGAAGAGUGCUACGAAGUGUUUCAUGAACUCUUUGAUCCCAUUAUCGAGGACCGCCACGGGGGAUACAAGCCUUCGGACCAGCAUAAGACGGACUUGAAUCCUGAUCACCUGAAGGGGGGUGAUGACCUGGACCCCAACUAUGUCCUCAGCUCACGAGUUCGAACCGGUAGGAGCAUCCGUGGCUACUGUCUGCCCCCCCAUUGCAGCCGGGGAGAGAGGCGUGCGAUCGAGAAGCUGUGUGUGGAAGCUCUGGCUAGCCUGGAAGGAGAUCUCAACGGGAAGUAUUAUGCUCUGAAGAACAUGACAGAUGCGGAGCAGCAGCAGCUUAUCGACGACCACUUCCUCUUCGACAAGCCCGUUUCCCCUCUGCUCUUGGCCUCUGGGAUGGCACGGGACUGGCCUGAUGCCCGGGGCAUCUGGCACAACGACAACAAGACCUUCCUUGUGUGGAUCAACGAGGAGGACCACAUUAGAGUUAUUUCCAUGCAGAAAGGGGGGAACAUGAAGGAAGUCUUCAACCGCUUCUGCACUGGACUAACGCAGAUCGAAACGCUCUUCAAGUCCAAAAACUAUGAAUUCAUGUGGAACCCCCACCUUGGCUACGUCUUAACCUGCCCUUCCAACCUCGGGACGGGCCUCCGCGCCGGCGUUCACAUUAAGUUACCCAACCUUGGCAAGCAUGAGAAGUUUGGUGACAUCCUGAAGCGGCUGAGGCUGCAGAAACGGGGCACAGGCGGUGUCGAUACAGCUGCCGUAGGAGGUGUUUUCGACGUCUCGAAUGCCGACCGCCUUGGGUUCUCCGAGGUAGAGCUAGUACAGAUGGUGGUCGACGGGGUGAAGCUGCUGAUCGAGAUGGAGAAAUGCCUGGAGAAGGGCCAGCCCAUCGAUGACCUCAUCCCAGCUCAGAAAUGAAAAGCACUUUAACCCCUCCUGCCCCCCCCUCCGCCGCCGCCCAUGCUUCUUCCUAACUUAUUGGAUGAAUAAUCAAAAGAAAAUGAAAUGCUCCAAUAAACAAACACCUGUUGGGAGUCAAAAAAAGAGAAGAAAACGUCCACUUAGUAACACUUGUAGAAAAGUCUUCCAUCCAUAUGUGUUAGAGUUUAUUUUUUUGAUGGCUGAGAUGUCACUGACAAAACUGAAAUAAAAAACAUUGUUUGGC